AUGCACCACAAAUCAAGUUUUGUGGUGCAAUCUGAAAUGACACAUCCACUCUCUUCUUGCAGUGGGAAAUGCCGAGUACCAGCAUGGUGUGAUCGAAUCCUUUGGAGGGGAACUGGCAUCAAUCAGCUCCACUAUCGCAGCCACAUGGAACUAAAAACAAGUGACCACAAGCCUGUCAGCUCACUCUUCCUCAUUGGGGUGAAGGUGGUAGAUGACCGGCGGUAUCGGAAAGUGUUUGAAGAUAUUGUCCGGAUGAUGGAUAGGAUGGAGAAUGAUUUUCUUCCGUCACUGGAGUUGAGCAGGAGGGAGUUUACAUUUGAGAAUGUGAAGUUUCGGCAGCUACGGAAGGAGAAGUUUCAGAUCACAAACAAUGGACAGGUGACCUGCCAUUUCUCCUUCAUCCCCAAGCUCAACGACAGCCAGUACUGUAAGCCAUGGCUUCGCGCUGAGCCCUUUGAGGGCUACUUAGAGCCAAGUGAGUCUCUGGAAAACCACUGGGAUUGUUAUUUUGCUUUUAUUUUUAUAUUUUUUAACUUUGAAUUAUGCUGGAAAUACAAUAUUACUUAAAAAGAGUACCUUACAAAGUUUCCUUUAGGACCCACAUUAAUAGAAUAAAAAAGAGGUCUUCCAGACAUCUACAUCCACAUUGUUCAUAGCUUAAUAUUCAGCAGUAGACUGUAAAAAAGCUUUGGACUUGUCACAGUGGGAAAAAUCUUGGAAAGUAAGACUUAAAUAUUCUACUUGUCAAGAUAUUAGAGAAAACUAUUAUAAAAUUAUUUACAGAUGGCAUUUAUCACCAGAUAAAUUGGUAAGAAUAUACGGAAAUGGAUCAAAUCGGUGUUGGAAAUGUAA